AUGGAAAACUCCACCUUCAACAGCCUUACGCUGCAGCUGGAGGGCCUGAUGAUCACCAAGUUCUCCAGGCUCCCUUUGUUCUUCUUCUUCUUCUUCUCCUUCCUGUUUGUUCUGGUCGCCAACGCUGGCAUGAUCCUUUUGAUCUUAGUUGACAGAAACCUCCAUCAGCCCAUGUUUCUGCUGUACUGCAGCCUAGCAUUCAAUGAUGUUUUAGGAAAUUGUCUCGUGUUGCCUCGCGUCAUGUCGGACGUCCUGAGGCCGCCGGCUGAGCGCCUCAUCGGGUACCAUCAGUGUGUGGUUCAGGCCUUCCUGGUCCACAUGUUCGGCACAUCAACGCAGACGGUGCUGAUGAUCAUGGCCUUCGACAGAUAUGUCGCCAUCUGUAAUCCGCUGCGUUACUCUAUGAUAAUGACCAACAGGAUGGUGGUGAAGCUGACCGUCUCUGCCUGGGGGUCGGCCUUGGUUCUGGUGGGGAUUCUGCUGGGCCUGACCAUCCGGCUGAGCCGCUGCAGGACUCUGAUCACCAACCCGUACUGUGACAACGCCUCACUGUUCAAGCUGUCCUGCGAGAGCGUGGAGAUCAAUAACAUCUACGGCCUGACCUUCACCGUGGUUCUGUCGGUGGUGUCGGUGGGCAGCAUGGUCAUCACCUACGCCCGGAUCGCGGCCGUGUGUCUGAGCCGCCGCUGCAAGUCCCUCAACAGCAAAGCCUUGCGGACCUGCAGCACACACCUCAUCGUCUACGUCAUUAUGUUCACCAGCGGGAAGGUUUCCAUCGCUCUGCACCGCUUCCCGCAGUACACAGAGGAGAGGAAGCUGGCCAUCAUCUUGUACCACAUCAUCCCCUGCAGCCUGAACCCCAUCAUCUACGGAGUUCAGUCCAAAGAGGUGAAAAAGGAAGUCAUGAAGCUUCGCCGCUGCUGAUUGGACAGGAAACCAGUCCAACCAGUUUGACGACAUGUAGAAAGUGUUGCUCCAUCUUAAGCUGACUCAUUAAGGUCAGAUAUCUAAUCUGGUUACCAUCCAGAUGAAACCAUUUCUGAGCUCUGAUAAGGAACUGCUUCCUGUCGAAACAGGAAGUUAAAUCACCUGGAACAGAUUACUGAAUAAAUAAAAACAUGGCAGAGGAGAAUCUGAAUGAUAAUCGAUCAAAGAAAUGUUGAAAUGAUCUUUUUAUGGAGGCUUUUUCCUCCAUAAAGUUUAAACAGAACCUGAGCUGCAAACCUCAACAAGUGUAAGGCUGGCCAAAGUGCUUUACACUUAAAAACAUUACAAACCAAUUAUGAAAACAAACAUUACAUUUAAUCAGAUGCCCAAGUUCAGUGUUUUAACAUUUCUCAAUUAUGUUUGAAGCAAAAUUAUUUUCUGAAAAUGAAAACCCGCAGAUGUUUGGUUUGAGACAAUAAAACAUUUUCUUAAGUAUUUUUUUGAAAAUGUGUAUUUUUUACAUUUCAAGCUUACAAAGUUCAGCAUUAAUCAGAUUCAUCUUUGUGCUGAACAUCACCAAGCAGAGACCUGAGGAUUACCACCACAUAUUCAUAGAUAGAAAGAAAUCAGAAAUUUUGAUAUUACGCUCAGAAAUAAAUUAAAAAAAAGAAGAAAGCUUAAAAUUUGAUAUCAAGAAAAUUGAUCUUUUGUAAUUAAUUAGUAAAUGUAAUUAAUUAUUUUUGGUUAGAAACCAAAAUAAGCAGAAUUGUUCUAGAAAAAUCGAGUUUGAAAAGUCAAAACUUUGUUAGAAAAAAUUGCGAAAUUUGAAGAUCACUCUGAAAAUUUCUAGGAAAAGCAUGGAGAUUUCUGACUUUUGAAACUCGGAAAUUUCCAUGUUUUUUAAAAAAUAAUUCUUCAGAGUUUUUGGCGGACUGAUACCGCGCAGAGGACAGACUCUCAGCUCCAGCCUGUUUUUAUUUAAAUGCUGCAGAAAACGAU